AUGGCAGGCCGCAAGCACAGGGUGACCGUCGUCGGUUCCGGCAAUUGGGGCACAACAGUUGCCAAACUCGUCGCCGAGAAUACCCGGGAGCACCCCGACCUCUUCGAAGAGGAGGUGCAGAUGUGGGUGUACGAGGAGAACGUGGCCAUCCCUUCAGACUCGCCCCACUACGACCCUGCAGUCGGCGACGCACCUCAGAAGCUCACCUCGGUGAUCAACAAACACCACGAGAACGUCAAGUACCUCCCCAAGAUCAAGCUGCCGAGCAACGUCGUCGCCAACCCCUCGCUGGUCGACGCCGUCAAGGACUCAUCCAUCCUGAUCUUCAACCUCCCGCAUGAAUUCAUCGGCAACAUCUGCAAGCAGAUCAAGGGCCACAUCCUUCCCUUCGCCCGCGCUAUAAGCUGCAUCAAGGGCGUGACGGUCACGGAUGACAAGGUCGAGCUGAUUUGCGAGUACAUCGGCGACACGCUAGGGAUCUACUGCGGCGCCCUCAGCGGCGCCAACAUCGCGAACGAGAUCGCAAACGAGCUGUGGUGCGAGACGACCAUCGCGUACAACACGCCGCCGUGCGACCGGCGGUCGAGCAGUGGGGCGGAUGGCCCUGAUGGGGAGAAGCACCGCGACUCGAGCGGUCGUGUUAGCAAAACGGAGCUGACGCCCGUACCGCACGACUACCCGCCCGUCGACCACGAAGAAAUCCGCAAACUAUUCCAAAGACCCUACUUCUCCGUGUCUAUGGUGCCGGAUGUGGUCGGUGUCUCGCUUGCGGGAGCCCUCAAGAACAUCGUCGCGCUUGCCUGCGGCUUCACCGAAGGCAACGGCUGGAACGCGACGGCGAAAACAGCGGUCAUGCGGCGGGGCAUGGUGGAGACGAUUCGCUUCGCCCAGGAGUUCUUCCCGGAGUCGAUUCAGCUCAUGACCUUCUGGGAGAGCGCCGGCUGGAGCGACAUGAUCGUGAGCUGCACUUCGGCGCGGAACUGGCGCUACUCCAAGAUGGCGGCGGAGCGUGGUGUUUCGCUCUACGAGAUUGAGCGGACGGAGCUGAACGGCCAGAAACUGCAGGGCAUCUCGACCACGAAGGAGGUCAUGAGUUUCUUGAGAGCGCGUGGUGUGGAGAACCAAUACCCGCUGUUCAAGGCUGUUGAAGGCAUCAUCGAUGGAACUUUCAAGGUGGAAGACGUUCCCAAGUUGUUGAGCGGUUAG